GUCACACAGACACACACACCUGUCGGCCAGGUUGACACACACCUGAGCCGUGCUUCAUCCACAAACCUCUGCCUGGUGAACACACUAAAGAGGAAUCUGAAUUUCUGCUCUUCUUUGGAGUGUUUUUUUAACUGAACAGCUGCUCUUUAGUGAGUGUGAGAGUGGAGUAUGUGCUCCUCUGUGGACUGAGUUUGGAUUAGCUCACUCUCCUGGGAGAGAUAUUCCACAAGCAGGUGUGAUCGCACAGGACGCUGCUGAAGAUGCAAUCUUCCACAGUUCAACCUGUGACCAACUCCAGUACAGUAGCACAGAACACCACCGCUGCCAUCACCAAAUCUGCACAACAGAUCCUCGUCCAGAGUUCAGGAGCCAUAAUUGCUAUUAUUGUCAUCGGCAUCAUAAUCAUCCUCACCAUCCUCCUCAUCAUACUGAAGACGUACAACAGGAGGACGCAUGCAGCAAGGAUGCUUGGCGGGAGCUCCAACAAACCACGGAAAAACACAUCGUCGACGCACACGAACAUGGCAAUGGCGAACGUCCGAGCAAACUCUGGCCUGGGAAGUUUCGUCCAGUCUACAGCUUCUUCAGAGAACGGAUUCCACAUACCACGGGUGGACCUGACAGGUGUAGACCAGAACCCCAUCGAGCAGUUCAGCACCACCAGUGGCUCCACCGUGGUCACAAUACAUGACACACCGCCAGUUGAAAACACCUAACGCCACAUCCCAGUGACCUUAAUGAAGAUCUUAUGUCAAGAGAAAAUACACCAGAAUGAACAAAAUGAGCACAGGUUGAUGGUCAAACAUGUGCAAGAACAUCCAAAUUAUUACUCGUACUGUGCCAAAUACGGUGCUUGGGAACCAAAGGGGACAUUUCAGUACAUUUAACCUCUCAGACCCUAUUCAUUGGUAGGUUGAGAGACCAUUGUAUGAUCCACUGGGCACCAGUGGUCAGAUCCACUGGAUGGUGAGACUACCCACUUUAAGGACCUCACAAGUGCCACGACUUUGGGUUAUUAAAUGUAUGGAUGGGUAGAUUGAUACUAAGCUAAGUAUCAAUAUUUCUAAUCACGAUUCCUUUUGAGAAUCGGUCCUCACUCAAAAAUAUCAAUACAUGUAGUUAUUGCUUCAUGAAAUUGGAUGUCGAUGCUGAAAAGGAAAAACAGAUUAUAGACUGCUCUAAAUGCAUAUAGUUUCACCACUAAAUCAUCAUCUUGUUUAUUUAACACUAAAGCAAACCCAAAAAGUCCAUAUUUACUGGUUUAUAUUGGAAAAUCAUAAAUAUUUACCCUUUUAUGUGCAGAAGACAGAAAAGUAUUGGUAUUAAAAUAGCAGCCUUCAUACCACGACCACCGAAAAUCAGUGGUAUUGCCCACCCUUAUGAAUGUGACCUGAAGAAUACAAUACAAGGCUCUUUAAGUAAACUGUUUUCAAUGAACCCAAAGGACAGUAGAGAGAUCUGCACUCUAAUACAACAGAAAAUGGGAGUGAAGUAGCUCAGACUGUGUUUACUAAAGAUCAUGUACAUUCAUGUUUCUAUUCUAUGAUGUCGUUUUAUUUUUACUGAGAAUGAAUAUUAAAAGC